CCCCGCUGGACCGAUGCAUUGUGGGACAGCGGCAGGCAGCGGUUCCGUAUUUGGGUUUUUCUUUUUUUUUCUUUUUUUUUUUUUGGUACAGAUAGUUGUCUCCAUGCAGCCUGCUAGAAGGUAUGGAGGAAAACGGGACGCCACCGUAUUGAGAGCUCUCGUCGGGAAGACUGCACGGCCGCUCCGGUUUUAGGUGGUUCAUGCACACAGCUUCCCUGCUGCCUCCCAGCAACCGUCAUGCCUUAUGGAAUAUUCAUCCGCCACCAAUGACAUUCCAGUGGGAUCCAUGUUUACAACAACAGUUAAUUUUGCCAAUAAUUAGCCUCAUAGCAGCUUCUUUUUAGUCAGGCUUGCUCCCUGUGCAAAGCACACCAUCACAAUUGCAAACCUGUGCUUUCAUUUUCUCUGCAAUCUCUCCCUUUUGCGAGAGGCUGACCCCCCUAUCAUGAGAUUCCGAAUCUACAAGAGGAAGGUGGUGAUACUGACUCUGGUGGUUGUCAUCUGUGGCCUAGCUUUCUGGAGCAGUGGAAGGCAGAAGAAAAACGACAGUGGAGCAUUCCCCAAGGAAGUGGAGACAGUGAAGAGAAGCAGCAGCAUUAGUAGUAGCAGCAGUAGUAGCAUCAAUAACCAUAUCCAGAUGCAAAUCACACCUGCUGUCAGCCGGGCACCUCCUCCACCUCCAGUUAUACAAGCAAAUGAAACGCACCCCGAAAAACUAAAGGAUAAAGAGAAAGUACCCAAACCAGAUGUAGACAACACUACUUUAGUCUACCGUGGUAUUGUCUUCCAGCUUAACUUUGAUCAGACAAUAAGAAACGAAGAGAAGUUUAAGGCAGUACGACAGAAGGAUGAUUUAGUUGUUGUAGUUCAGGUCCAUAACAGACCAGACUACCUUAAACUGUUAGUGGACAGUUUGCGGAAGGUUAGAGGUGUAGAAAGCAUACUGCUGAUAUUCAGCCAUGACUACUGGUCUCCUGAGAUUAAUAAAGUAGUGGCCUCUGUUGACUUCUGUCAGGUACUUCAGAUUUUCUUCCCUUUCAGCAUCCAGCUGUACCCCCAGGAGUUCCCCGGACAUGACCCCAAGGACUGCCCCAGAGACAUUCCCAAAAAAGACGCCUUAAAGCUGGGAUGCAUCAACGCAGAAUACCCUGACUCAUUCGGCCACUACCGUGAGGCCAAGUUCUCCCAGACCAAGCACCACUGGUGGUGGAAGUUGCACUUUGUAUGGGACAGAGUUCGAGUCCUGAAGGACCAUAAGGGCCUGGUCCUGCUGAUAGAGGAGGACCACUUCUUGUCUCCGGACUUUAUCCAUCUCUUAAAGCUGAUGUCGGCUCUCAAAAGGGAGCAGUGCUCUGACUGUGACAUCCUAUCGCUGGGUAGCUACAGUCACAUUGGCUACUCCAGCAAAGCAAACAAAGUGGAGGUAAAGGCCUGGAAGUCCACUGAACACAAUAUGGGGAUGGCUCUGAGUCGAGAGACGUAUCACAAGCUCAUCCAAUGCACCGACACGUUUUGCACUUAUGACGACUACAACUGGGACUGGUCCUUACAGCACCUGACCGUGUCCUGCCUGCCCUCUUACUGGAAGGUCAUGGUGAGUGAGGCACCACGCAUUUUCCAUGCCGGGGACUGUGGCAUGCACCACAAGAAGGUUUCUUGCAUGCCGAUAAGCCAGAAAACUAAAAUAGAAAACAUCCUGCAGAGCAGUGGGAACCAGCUGUUCCCAAAGAACCUCCUGAUUGCUAAGAGACUGCCAGCCAAUGGGGCCGGAGGUGUGGCCCCACAUGUGAAAAAUGGAGGCUGGGGAGAUAUCAGGGACCAUGAACUCUGCAAGAGUUAUGUUCGAUUACAGUGACCUUAAUUGCUACCAUUAUAUAUUAUUGUCUUUUAUGCAUCCUCUAUAAAGAAAAAAGCCUUUUAAAAGUAAGUCUUUAUGAACUAUUCUUCGUAUUGCCUGUUUUCUUGAACUGUUCCAAAUAAAGACGAAUGUUGGAUUUUUGGCUUCUUUAACACAAAUAUAUGUCUUUUACAUUGAAUUUAUUUAAGUGAUUCUUUGCAAGUCUAUUUUGUUUUGUAAGAUGUAAUUAACAAAAAUAUACUAAACAAUAUAUUGUUGUGUUUUCUCUCACAAGGC